UUUUAAAAAAGUGAAAAUAUUAUUGAUAAUUAGUUUCCAAUUAAAUUAGAAAAAUGUCUCUUAUACGAUCAAUAGGUGAUGUUGUUGGAUUUCUAAUGUACUCUGUAUAUAUUAUCAUUGAAAGUAUUGUAAGAUCACUUAUUCCAACGAAAUAUAAAAUGAAAAGUGUCGCGGGUGAAAUAGCUCUUGUAACUGGAGGUGGAGGUGGUCUUGGAAGGCUUCUUUCAUUACGACUUGCUGAUCUUGGAGCAAUUGUCAUCGUCUGGGACAUCAAUGAGGCUGGUAUUGAUGAAACAGUCAAGUUGGUCAGAGCAGCUGGUGGUAAAUGCUAUGGAUAUGUCUGUGAUCUUUGCAAUAGAGAAGAUGUCUAUAAGAAAGCUGAUCUUCUUAAGAAAGAAGUUGGUCAGGUGUCAUUAUUGAUCAACAAUGCUGGAAUAGUAACUGGAAAAAAGUUUAUGGAAACAUCAGAUGAGUUAAUCACAAGAACAAUGGAAGUGAAUACAAUGGCACACUUUUGGACAGUAAAGGCUUUCUUGCCAGCUAUGAUGGAAAAAAACAAAGGACAUAUUGUCAGUAUUGCCAGUCUUGCUGGACAUUGUGGAGUCCCUAAGCUUGUUGAUUACUGUGCUUCGAAAUUCGCAGCAGUUGGCUUUGAUGAAGCUUUGAGAAUGGAGCUUGAGGCUGAUGGAUAUACCAAUAUUCACACUACGGUCAUCUGCCCUUACUUUAUCCGUGCAACAGGAAUGUUUGAAGACGUAGAAUCAAGAUUCCUGCCGACCUUGAGCUCAAAUGAAGUUGCUGAUCGGGUUAUAACUGCGAUCAGAUGUAACGAAAAGUAUGCAAUUGUGCCAGGCUAUCUUCAAGGUUUACUGGCAGCUAAAUGGAUUUUUCCCAAGGAUUGUGAAUCGAUGCUUCUUCGUGGUUUAGUUGGAGAUGUUGCACCAAAGCCACCUAUUGAACCAAAGAAGUUACCACUUGACAAUCAACAAGGACAUGAGCCAUCAAAAGACCAGAAUGGAGUUCUCCAUCAGCAAUUAACAAGACGUGUUUCAAGCUCAGAGAGAAAACCGUAAUUCUUUGCAAGAAUUUUCUACAAGGUACGAGGUCCACUUAAGACACUUGCACUGACAGCGAAAGUGACGUGGAUAUAGCAUGGUUGUGAUGAUAAUAAUGACGAGUACGACGUGUUAUAAUAUAGUUUAAAAAAAA